ACAAUUACAUGGAGCUCUAAUAACCCUAACUCCUUUCCCUCUGUCUGAAAUUCCAAAACCCAAAUUACAUCAGUAGAGGUAUUUCGACAAUGUCGGCAAUACUCCGUACUCGUGCGCGCUUGUAUUCUAUCAUUUCGAGGAAUGAUCGUCGAUUUUCCUCGCCUGUCGCCAAUGAACAUCCGAGAGAACCAAUCAUCUCUUCGUCUAUCAUCAGCGAUCAGACACCGGAGCCUCCGUCGCCGGCUCCGCCGGCGCCGGAGGCAGGGAAGAAGUCGUGGACUGUUUUGAAGUACGGCCUCGUUGCUGCUCUUACUGGUGGUAUUGCCACUGCUGGCUACGCCACCUAUGCUUACUCAUUGGAUGAGAUUGAUCAGAAGACGAAAGCCCUCCGUGCAUCAGCAAAUUACACUACUGGGGAUGAUGCAUCUUCUUUAGAUGUGCGCCUCCUCAGCAUCCUUCUGCUUACUUUUUAUAUUUUUGUUAACUCAGGUCACACUCACAAACUUGAUGUGGUUUCAUGUUGUUCACAUCCUGAGCAAGUGGUACAUAAAUUUCAAGCUUAUCUGCAAGCUGCUGCAAUGACAGUCCCUGCUAAGUUGGUUGACAUUUAUCUUGAUCUAAGGAGGUUAGCUGAAGAACAAGUCAGAGGUUUUACUGAACCUACAUCGGAUAAGCUUCUUCCUGAUUUGCACCCUUUGGAGCAGCAUGUAUUUACCCUUGUUCUAGAUCUAAAUGAGACGUUGAUUUAUUCUGAUUGGAAGCGUGACCGAGGGUGGAGAACAUUCAAGAGACCUGGUGUAGAUGCUUUUCUGGAGCAUUUAGCUCAAUUUUAUGAAAUUGUAGUAUAUUCUGACCAACUAAGUAUGUAUGUUGAUCCUGUUGUUGAAAGAUUGGACACAAAGCACUGUAUCCGGUAUAGGCUUUCACGGGGAGCAACAAGAUAUAUUGAUGGCAAGCACUAUAGGGACCUCUCGAUGCUGAAUAGAGAUCCUGCAAAGGUUAUAUAUAUUAGUGGUCAUGCUCUAGAAAGUAGUCUUCAGCCUGAAAACUGUAUUGAGGUAAAACCAUGGAAAGGGGAAGCAGAUGACACUGCACUUUUAGAUCUUAUUCCAUUUCUUGAAUAUGUUGCUAGACAUAGACCAGCUGAUAUCCGAGCUGUUCUAGCUUCAUAUCAAGGAUGUGAUAUUGCUAAAGAGUUCAUUGAACGAUCCAAAGAGCAUCAAAGGCGGAUGCAAGAGCAAAAGAAGCAGGGUCGUUUAUGGAGACACUAGACAGAUACAAGAAAGCAGGUGGAUCCUAACGUGCAACUGAAAUGAUUCUGUUGUUUGACAUACUGAAUAUACUUUUCCUCAUCUCCCGCUAGCUCAGGUUUCUAGGACAAGUUGUAAUGGAGUAUCCAACUUGUGAUUCUUUUUCCUCAAAAUUGAGUGUUGAAGCUCUUGCUGGAAUACAAUUGGUGCUUCUCAGUUAAUUAGGAAUAUUCUCUAUGCCUCACGAAACCUGUCGUUCUUUUAUGCGUGGAACUUCAAAUGUGAACCCAAAACAAGAGGUGCCUUUUUACAUGUUACACUUUGGUGAGUACAGAGCUGUAGAGAAAGUAUUGGUGAUUUACAGUUUUGUAGAACGAUGGCGGCACUUUGAUCUGAAUUCUGAGACACUCUCGAGUUCCUUCUGUGCAAUGUCAUAGAGCAUUAGUUCAGAACUUUA